AUGCCUCGCCUUCCGUUGCUGUUGCUUCUGUGGGGAACCAGCUCUUAUACUUUCCCCGUGUUUCAAGAUGGACAACGGCAAGACGUGGAGACAGUCUGGAAAUACCUGGAAGACUACUACGGCUUGGACAAAGACACAGCAGUUAACAACACGAGUGUCAAGGAGUUGAUGGCCGAAAAGCUAAAGCAUAUGCAGCAAUUAUUUGGGCUGAAAGUGACAGGAAAGUCAGACCCUGAAACCCUGAGAGUGAUGAGGAGUCCCAGAUGUGGGGUGUCUGACGUGGCCCCAUAUGCCAUGACUUACAACUACCCACGUUGGACAAAAACACAUCUGACUUAUAGCAUUUCAAACUACCCACCAUAUCUGUCAAGAGCAACUGUGGAAGAUGCCUUCGAGAGAGCCUUUAGAAUCUGGAGUGAUGUGACACCACUAACAUUCUCACGGGUCUUUGAGGAGGAAGGGGAUAUUGUGCUAGCCUUCUACAGAGGACACCAUGAUGACAAUAACCCUUUUGAUGGACCUAAUUAUGGCCUUGCUCACACUUUUCAACCAGGCCCAGGGAUUGGGGGCGAUAUUCAUUUUGACCUUGAUGACAGGUGGACCGACACCAAUGACAAUUUCAACCUGUUUUAUGUCACGGCUCAUGAAGUGGGUCACGCCCUUGGGCUCACCCACUCUUAUGAUGUAGGGGCACUGAUGUUCCCCAGUUACACAUGGUACACUGAAGACUUUGUGCUAAACCAGGAUGACAUUAAUCGUAUCCAGGCUUUAUACGGGCCUUCCCCAAAUCCCAUCCAGCCAACAGGUGCAACAACCCCAAAUCCAUGUGAUGGUAGUCUAACCUUUGAUGCUAUAACUACAUUUCGCGGAGAGGUGAUGUUCUUUAAAGGGAGGUUCUACAUUCGUGUAAAUCGGUUCACUCCGGGACCAGAGCUCAAUUUGAUAGGUAUUAUCUGGCCAAAUGUGCCGGGUAAACUUGAUGCUGCUUAUGAAGUUAGUAUAAGGGAUGAGGUCCGCUAUCUCAAAGGCGAUAGGGUCUGGGCUGUUCGCACACAGGAUGUUAUCAGUGGAUUCCCCACGGACAUCUACAGCUUUUUUGGCUUCCCUGGCUACGUGACACACAUUGACGCUGCCGUUUGUGAGGAAGAGACUGGAAAAACAUACUUCUUUGUCGACAACAUGUACUGGAGGUUUGAUGAACAUAGACACUCCAUGGAUCCAGGUUAUCCCAAAUCAAUAGCAGAGGCCUUUCCUGGAAUUGGUGAUAAAGUUGAUGCUGUUUUCCAGAAACGAGGGAACUUCUAUUUCUUUCACCAAAAUACUCAAUACAGAUUUAACCUCCAGACACGAAGAGUUGAAGCUACCCGUGGCUCUAACACCUGGUUCAACUGCUAAAAAUAUUGGCAACCUAUUACCAAGUUAAUGAAAAUAUAUGUCUCAUUAUGAUCUUAAAGAAGAUAUUUUUCUGAAGAGCUAAAUAUUUUUAUAUUUUACCUACCUACCAGAAUUACUGAUACACAGAGCUACUAAGUACAAAAUAAUUUCUUUCAUGUUGUGUAUC